AUGUCCUUUCACCACGGCACGCCUGCGUCUUAUACCAGCGACUACGGCGUCCUAGCGCACUACGCAGCACACCGUGACGCUCAACGUCAGGCCGACGGCGCCGCUGUUCGGGAGGAGACUGACAGCGAGCAUGCUACGACGAUUUCCGAUGACGAAGUGGCACCCGGCGAGGAGGACGGUCUACUUACACCUCGACCGCGCCGCACGAGCUUCCCAACUUCCUAUCUGACCGUACCUCCAACCCUUCCAAGCACCCUGCCUCCAAACAUGCGCGAAGCUGUGGCAAAUGAGUACACCCCACUACUCAUCCCAAGGAUACCGGAAGACUCGGAUGUGCCCGUUGAAAUUGAUACUGGGCAUCACUGGUGGGACGAAGCGCGCAUCUUGGUUCGAUAUACCCUCCCUGUAUUCGGAACCCAUCUGCUCGAGUACUCGCUACAAGUCGCGUCGGUCAUUGCCAUUGGACACCUAAGCACCAACGCGCUAGCGGCUGGCACCCUUGGUACAAUGACCGCGAGCGUGACCGGCUUCAGCAUCGUCCAAGGCUUUGCGAGUACUCUGGAUACUAUGUUGCCUUCCGCAUGGACCUCAGACAACCCUCGCUUGGUUGGCUUAUGGGCGCAGCGAAUGACUGUGGUCAUGGCCAUAUGUUUGAUUCCCAUCUUCGCAAUCUGGUUCAAUGCCGAGGCAAUCUUGCUUAUGUUGCAGCAAGAACCGGAGAUCGCGCGACUUGCAGGCUUGUACCUCAAGUACGUCUCGAUCGGCUUGCCUGCGUACGCUUUCAACUCUAUAUCCCGGCGGUACUUCCAAAGCCAGGGCCUCUUCACCGUUCCCACUCAGAUCAUCCUUGUUGUCGCACCGCUCAACGCGUUCCUGAACUGGCUCCUCGUAUGGGGUCCCGCACCCUUUCGCCUGGGCUUCAUCGGAGCGCCGCUCGCUUCCGCUAUAAGCAUGAACCUUGUCUCGCUCGCGAGUAUUGUCUACGGUGUUUUUUUUCAUCCCGAGCACGGCGUGGCAUCCUAUCUGCCGCAGGAGCUUCCAGAGCUUGAGUGUGCUCGUUCAGCUCGGGUUGGGCGGCGUUGGAUUGGACCCGAGGCGCUUGCGACGCAGUCUGUAUUGCUAGUAUCUGCAUCGACAACAUACCAGGCGCCUUUUGCACUGUCUGUAGCCGCCAGUGUGCGCAUCGGAAACCUGUUGGGCGAGCGCAAUGCACCUCGUGCCGCGCUCUGCGCGAAACUCUCACUUCUGCUUUCGCUAGGCUUCAGCGCGAUCAGCUGCGCAAUGUUCCUCUUCUUCCGCAAAGAUUGGGCCCGACUGUUCAAUGACGACCCUAUCGUUGUGGCUCUUGUGGCGUCCAUCCUACCCGUCGUUGCGCUAUUCCAAGUCUUCGAUGGUCUGAGCGCAGUAACGGGCGGAGUGCUCCGUGCCCGCGGCAAACAAUUCACCGGAGCGUUACUCAACCUCUCCGCAUACUAUGUCGUGGGUAUCCCCUUCGGCGUCUGGCUGGCAUUCAACCGCGACUUCGGUUUGCACGGGCUGUGGUACGGCUUGACCCUCAGCUUGGUGUAUAGUGGUUGCGUAGGCGCUUGGCUUGCGCUUACUACGGAUUGGGCGAAUGAAGUUGAGAAGGUCAUCAAGAGGUUGAAGUCUGAGGAACAUGCGGGAGAUCUUGAGGGCAAUGGGGUGCGGCAGGUGCUGGUGGAUAUGUAUGUCCAGAUGUAA